AUGGCAGCGGUAUCGAGCCACCACCUAUUCUCCACUUUCACUCUCUUUAACUCAUUCAGAACUACCAAAUCAAACUCAAUUUCUCGAAGUAGCAGCGCAAGUUUGAUUCGAUGCGCUGAUUUGAGCACGAGCACGGUCGAGAGUCAGCGAGUCACAGUGAGUAACGGGAACGAUUCCUUGGAAAUAUGUAGAGUUCUUAACGGAAUGUGGCAGACAAGCGGUGGUUGGGGAAGAAUCGACAGAGAUGACGCCGUUGAGGCUAUGCUCCGGUACGCUGACUCCGGCUUAUCUACGUUCGACAUGGCCGAUCAUUAUGGGCCAGCUGAAGAUCUAUAUGGGAUUUUCAUCAAUCGAGUUCGUCGUGAGCGUCCACCAGAAUAUUUGGAAAAGGUCAGAGGUCUCACUAAGUGGGUGCCACCUCCAGUUAAGAUGACAGGUAGCUUCGUAAGAGACAACAUUAACGUGUCAAGGAAGAGAAUGGAUGUGGAUUCCUUGGACAUGCUUCAAUUCCAUUGGUGGGAUUAUUCAAAUUCAGGAUAUCUUGAUGCACUAAAACACCUCACAGACUUGAAGGGAGAAGGUAAAAUCAAGACUUUGGCUCUAACAAAUUUUGAUACUGAGAGAUUACAAAUUAUUCUCGAAAAUAAUAUUCCCAUUGUGAGCAAUCAGGUACAACAUUCACUCGUUGAUAUGCGUCCCCAACAGAAAAUGGCAGAGCUUUGUCAACUUACAGGAGUCAAACUAAUAACGUAUGGGACAGUAAUGGGUGGUCUUUUGUCUGAAAAGUUCCUUGAUGCCAACGUCAACAUUCCUUUUGCCGGACCUGCAAUAAACACUCCUUCCCUCCAAAAAUACAAAAGGAUGGUAGAUGCUUGGGGAGGGUGGGGUUUAUUCCAAGGACUUCUUCGAACUCUUAAACAAGUAGCUACCAAGCAUGGCGUUUCCAUUGCAACCGUUGCUGUAAAGUAUAUUCUGGACCAGCCUGCUGUGGCAGGAUCUAUGGUUGGUGUAAGACUUGGCUUGUCAGAACAUAUUCAAGACUGCAAUGCUAUAUUUUCGCUUGUUCUUGAUGAAGACGAUCUGAACAGCAUAAGAGAGGCAUCAGGGAAAGGAAAGAAUCUUCUUAAAGUGAUUGGUGAUUGUGGAGAUGAGUACAGGGGUGCAUGA